GUUAACAGAAAUGAAUGAGAUUAAAGGUUCUGACUGUGUUCUGGAGCUAAUAAAGCUCGUUAGCUCAGUUAGCCGUGCAGCUAACAAGAGAGGAGCUGUUGACCGCUGGGACCGAAAGCUUUUCAGGUGUCUGUUAUCUCUACAACAUGAGACAUCGACGUCUUCACAUCAAGUAAAAUGUCUUCACAUUCUGUUUUUAAUUGUAGUUCAUUUUAAAAUUCUUACAUUGACCUUUAAGACCGCUUCAAAAGGAACCGACCCGGCUUCAAACAGCCGGGACUUCAUCUCUUUACACUCUGAGCUGUGAAUAUUAAAGUUUCAUUUUCCAGGACAAUGACGUUCAGUUCCUCAGUCAGCGGAGGAGGAAGAGGAAGAGGAAGAGGAAGAGGAAGACGACCAGUCGGGAUGAGUGACUCUGCAGCUUCGGUCUGAUCAGCAGAAGUUCUGAACAUGUUGAGUUUUAUGAUCUUCUGUCCCGUCUGGUUCCUGCUCACAGUUCUGAUCGCCUGCAGAGAGAACUCCACCGGUACAGCAGUGAUCCUGUUUUCAGUCCCGGAGGAUCAUCACGUCCGCCUGCCGUGUGGCGGCUCUGGCAGCUCUGAUGUGGUCUGGACUCACCAGGACCGGAUGGUCCUUGUGACCCGACAGGGGAGCUACGAGACCAACGAGGACCCCCGGCGGUACCUUCUGCUGCCUGACGGCAGCCUGCACCUGCUGCACCUCGACGACUCCGACGGUGGAGAGUAUCGCUGCAACCAGCAGCUGGUGGCCGAGCUGCAGGUGCUCACAGGUGAGGACUUCAGGGUCCCUGCAGGCCGGACGCUGCUGCUCCCCUGCCGCAGCUCCUCUAAAGCCAGACAGAAGUGGUUCUUCUACAGGAGGGACGGAGGGAAGCGAGAGCUGAUCUUCACCUGGUUCAGGAACGGGACGAUGAAACCGGAGAGGAGUCGGCUCAGCUACGAGAACGAGGCGCUGCAGAUCCGCGACCUGCAGCCGGAGGACGCUGGAGAGUAUCAGUGCAACAGGAAGACGAGCUCAGUCACCGUCCUGACAGUGCAGCCGGAGCCGACCAGCAUCCAUCAGACCAGCAGGACAACAACCACACCUGCUGUGAGGACAACAGACGUGGUUGAAACAAAGAAGAAGGAGAAGAAGAAGCCGGAGAACGCUCUGCUCGUCGUCGCCAUCGUCAGUCUGGCGUUAAUGAUCCUCCUCAUGGCUGCCGUCUGCGCACUGCUGACCAGCAUGAAGUGCAGGAGGAAGAAGAACAGCAGGAGUGCAGCUCCACGGAGGCGUGAGGACACGGAGCUGCAGCCGUGGACGACGUCCAGCGGACACACUGAGUGCGAGCUGUACGAGAGUCCGUCUGUGCCGGAGGAGACGAUCCAUUACGCCUCUCUGGGCCGACAGAACUGGAGGGAGAGGCCGAGCAGGACUCCUCCGGAUCAGGACCACCACAGAGUCAUCUACUCGUCCGUCAUCACCAGAGCUGCCGCCAAGUAGACUACAAACACUGACUGUUUCCUGAUGAGGAGGCCGGUUCUGACCCAAACCUCCUGGAGUCUGUGUGUGAUGACGACAAGACUCCAGGUUUGUUAUCGUCUCUCAACAACAAGUUGGACUCCCUGAAUGUUGAACAGUUCUUUUAAAUGUUGCUCUGGUUCUGGUUCUAAAUCAUGUGAAUCAGCGUUAACCUGAACUGUGUAUAUUUACAUGUAUAGUCAGAUCCAUCAUUUACUGUUUUCACUCGCUCUACCUUGCCUGUGAUUGGCUGUUCCUCAUUGCUGUCAUUGGUUGGGUUGUUCGGGUCAGAACCAUCAAGGGCUUGAAUCUAAUGGACCGUUUUCUUUUACAGUGCUUGUGGAUCAGGGAGCUGCUCAGUAGUUUCCACAAGUUAUCUGCGACACUGGUCUGUCUGUGUCUUCAUGUUUUUAAAUUUCCCACUCAGAACUUCCUGAAGCUGUUCUGGGUUCAGAGGCACGAGCGAGGCCGUUGUUUUUGGGUCGGGUUUGAAUAUCAGAGGCAGAGUUACAAACGUCACGCCGUCAUCACAUCAUGUCACAAAAAACUAGUUUUGUUUUUAAACUUUGGUUCAUCAGUGAACUUCAGAGCUGCUGCCAGGUGAGGCCAUGCUAGCUGUUUCCAUUUGUUUCCAGUCUUUAUGCUAAGCUAAGCUAAGCUAAGCUACAUCCUUAGAACACCCUCAGUGUGUCUCACCUGCGGCUCCAACAGUGUUGUGUGACUGCAGUGUGUUGUGACGUCCAGCAGGUGGCAGCAUGACGUCACCUCACCUCUGCUGUGUCCAGAUCACAGCCUGGUUCUGAUCCUGGAUAUAAACGGGUCCAUGUUCUAAAAUCAUUGUGCAGUAAUAAUUAAAAUAUGUGUGUUUUGUCUCUUAAAGCUACUUUAUUCUAUUAGUAAUAAUGAAUAAACCCUAAUAAUCAUGUUAUUGUUCUAAACUAAACACUUUAUAACUUUUAAUCGUUGAGAUCAUCCGAGUUCAGGUGUGACAUCACACAGCCUGACUCAGGUGUGAGCCGGCAGGUAACCUCAGCUGAAAGUGGAAGAAGUCCUGCAGGUUGAUCUUCAUGGUGGUCCCGAGGCUCGGUUCCGACCCGGGGGCCCAAAAACAUCUGCUGAGUGAUGAAGAGGA